AUGGAAAUCGAAGGAAGAAGCGAAGUAAAGGUAAGAAGCACUUCUCUUACUGAUGAUGUUUUAGUAGAAAUACUGUCAAGAUUAUCAGUGAAGUCUUUACUUAGGUUUAUGUGUGUAUCAAAGGAGUGGCAUGCUCUCAUAAAAAGCUCUUAUUUCACUACCAUUCAUCUUGAACGCUCGGAUCGCAAACUUUCCCUUGUCUUUAAGAGUAAGUUAACUAAAGAUGGCUAUGAAUUUGCAAUGUCAUUGCUUCGCAAUGAGUCAACACCCAAUUUGAGUUUGGAUCUAUCUUUCCUUGACUGUACAAUCUGGUCGUUCAGAAUUUCUAUUAGAGUGGUUGGAUCUAGUAAUGGCUUAGUUUGUCUUAGUUUAUUUCAGUAUAUAGUUGUAUGGAACCCAGCCACAAAACAGUUUAGGUUUCUUCCUAAUAAGACAGCUUAUCAUCGUCUACUAGGUUUUGAGUUCAUUCAGGACAUUAGUGAUUAUAAAUUGGUCAGCAUUCUCUUACAUGAUGACAACAUUUUUCGAGCUAAGGUCUUCACCCGAAGAUCAAAUUGUUGGAGAGAAGUCAAAAGCCACUGCUGUUCGCCACUUGGAGUUGUAUGCGUAGGGUUUUCUUCAAUCACCUUGACCGGGGUGCUGUAUUCGCCUCUGCAGAUAGAGCAUCGAGUAUCCCAUUUGAAUGACAAGACUUCUCGCGAUGAGGUCUUCCAUGUGAUACCAUUACCAGAGAGCAUUAGUCGAACAAGUGCACUCUUUUCAUGGAAAAAUUCAUUGGCAUUUCUAGGAGGUCAUGAACAAGAACCAGACUGUGAGCUUUGGAUGAUGACUGAAGAGCCUUCUGCUACUACACGAAUGCCUUGGGUUAAACAGCUUAUCCUCAAACCCUCAUCACUGUCAAGAUAUAUCUUUGGAUCUUGGAAAGAUGAAUGUCUUUUAUGGAGAGAUACGAAUGAUGAAGACCUGCAUUUUUACGAUCCUACGAGCCAGAAAUUGACAAAGCUUCCACAACAUGAUCAAACACAUGGUUACAGAUAUGAUCAAGCAAUCAACUAUGUGGAGAGCCUAGUUUCAGUAGACUGA